AUGGCGACUGACUUGGAUGAGGAAGAGGUGGAAAGCACUGUGUACUACAUCUUUCAAGUCACACUUAUUCUGCCUUUCUCCUUCCCUUUCUCCCUCCAGUGCACCUGGUUUAGUCCCAGGAGAUGGCUGAAUCUACAAGAGUACCAGAGCAAGAAGCUGAUGCAAGAGAGUGGCGUGGCUGUCCAACGCUUCUACGUGGCCGACACAGCUUCGGAGGCCUUGGAGGCUGCAAAGAGACUCAAUGCCAAGGAGAUCGUGUUGAAAGCUCAGAUUCUGGCUGGGGGCAGAGGCAAGGGUGUGUUUGACAGUGGCCUUAAAGGUGGAGUGCACUUAACUAAGGACCCUGCUGAGGUUGGUGAACUGGCCAAUAAGAUGCUGGGUUUCAAUCUAACUACUAAGCAGACACCGAAAGAUGGAGUGAAAGUGAAAACGGUGAUGGUUGCUGAGGCCCUGGACAUUACUAGAGAGACCUACUUUGCCAUCCUGAUGGACCGCGCCUGUAAUGGUCCUGUCAUGGUAGGCAGCCCUCAGGGAGGUAUGGAUAUCGAGGAGGUAGCCGCCAACUCCCCAGAACUCAUCUUUAAGGAAGUCAUAGAUAUACUUGAAGGUGUACGAGACGACCAGGCGCUGUGCAUGGCAGCUAAUUUGGGUUUCAAAGGACCUCUGCAGAGACAGGCAGCAGAUCAGAUUAAGAGGCUCUAUGAUCUGUUCCUGAAAGUCGACGCCACUCAAGUAGAAGUCAAUCCUCUUGGAGAAACCCCCGAAGGACAAGUGGUUUGCUUUGAUGCUAAGAUCAACUUUGACGACAAUGCCGAGUUCCGUCAGAAAGCUGUGUUUGCCAUGGACGACAUGACUGAGAGUGACCCUACAGAGACGGAGGCAGCCAAGUGGGACCUCAAAUAUAUCGGACUGGACGGAAAUAUCGCCUGCUUUGGUAUGGAAACAAAACCUCGUAGCAGAACUCAUUCCUGCACACAUGCCAACCAUUAAAUGAUUU